GAUGGAUUAUCUCACAGGGCAGUCCUCGUGGUUUGUUUUGGUACUUGACAAUCUCGCGCAAAUAAUUUUCCGGGAGUUUUCUGCAAUGAACGGCGUGAAAAAGGGAAAAUCCCGGAAGCGGAAGUCCAGUGAAGGAGCUGAAAAGCCAGCUGGGGGAAGUGUUAAUGAUGCCCUGGAAGUUCUGCAGUGGAUCCUCUCGCCGGUCUCCGUGGAAGACUUCCAGAAAUCCUAUUGGGAACAGAAAUCCCUGUAUGUGAAGCGAAACAAUCCACUUUACUUCAAGAAAAUCACAUCUUUGAAGCAAAUUGAUGAAAUUCUGAGGAACGAAUCAGUUCUAUUCACUGAAAAUAUCGACAUAACGUCGUACACGAAUGGUGAGAGGAAAACCCUCAAUGGCACGGGCAGAGCAACAGCAACAAAUGUUUGGGAAUCCUACAAUGAGGGGUGCAGUGUACGUUUCCUCAAUCCUCAAAUAUUCUUCAAGGAAAUCCAUCUAAUGGAUGCUACACUGCAGGAAUAUUUUGAAUGCAUGGUGGGUAGCAAUAUGUACUUAACACCACCAAAUAGUCAAGGAUUUGCCCCGCAUUACGAUGACAUUGAGGCAUUUAUCCUGCAAAUUGAGGGCAAAAAGCGAUGGAGACUGUAUGAGCCACGAACACCCGAAGAAUACCUCCCGCGGGUUUCUUCGAGGAAUUUCACGCAAGAAGAAGCCGGAGAGCCCUUUAUGGAUGUUGUUCUGGAGCCCGGGGAUUUGCUCUACUUCCCCCGUGGAACUAUUCAUCAAGCACACACCGUGCAGGAUCAUCACUCCCUCCACAUUACCAUCAGUACGUACCAGAAAUACAGUUGGGCGGAUUUCCUUGAGCGUGUUGUUCCAGCUGCCCUUGAGAUUGCCAUUCAGAGUGACCCGGAAUUCCGUCGUGGACUCCCUCUGGGCCUUGCUUCCUACACUGGGGUCACUCAUUCGGACAUCAAGUGUGAGAAACGCGAAGAAUUCCGUCAAAAAAGCAAAGAAUUCUUUGCGAAACUCUUCAAAUACGCCCCAAUGGAUGAUGCUGUGGAUCAGAUGCAGAAAAACUUCCAGCACGACGCUCUACCGCCAGUUUUAUCUGACUCAGAGAAACGCCGAACUGUCACAUCUCGUCCCAAUAAAUUCCGCGACAACGGAGCUUUAGUUCCUCGUGGUAAAAUCUUCACGAUCAAUACGCGCUUCCGAAUGCUGAGAAAAAAUAUUUUCCGUAUUGUCAUGGAGGAGGAGAGUGUCCGGCUGUACUAUCAUGUCAAUAAUUCCAAAGUUUAUCAUGAAUAUGAGCCAGUAUUCUUGGAAGUUGACUCUGAAGUGGCUCCAGUGGCAGAAAAACUCAUUCAUGAGUACCCAAGAUUUCUUUCGGCAUCAGAAAUGAACAUUCCGGAUGUUUCAGCUAAAGAUUGUCUCGCCAUGAUGACAAGUCUCUGGGAAAAUGAACUUCUGAUGACGGAAGAAGAGCCCCAAAGUGUUUAGGAGUAUUGUGUGCCAAUGUUUGAGAAUAAAAGGAAUAAAAUUUUCAAAAGUCUUAAAUCGCUUUAAAAAAUUAUCAAAAUCAGUUAAAAUAAUCCGGAUAAAGUUCAGGAGAAGAUAAAAGAGUUAAUUUCUGGGCUUUUUGGGUUUAUUUGUACCUCAAAUUUUGUAAAAUUAUAAAUAAAAGUCAAAGUUAUGAAUAAAAA